GCAGAUGGGCGCUCCCCUUGUUUCUUGGCGCUGAUGCAGACAGCCAGAAGCAUCCGGACGUAGCCCACACUACAGGGAUACAGGAGCAAGUGAUGCUUUGACUUGCUGAGACCCAGGCCACUACCAUGGCAGCGCUGUCUGACUCGAUGGGUACGGCGAGGCCCUCGUUUGAGUCCUGGCCGAUGGAGCUUGAUGUGCUGGGGAUGCUGGACUCUAGGGCAGAGGAGAACAGCACGGUGGAGAGGUGUUACCGCUCACACUCACGCAGCAGCGUUCUGCAGGGCCUGCCUUUUGGAGGAGUGCCCACUGUCCUCAUCAUCAACCUCAUCAUCUGGCUGUUUCUGUUGCUGGUUUUCUCCUGUUUGAGGAAAGCUGCGUGGGACUAUGGGCGACUGGCUCUGCUGAUGGAGAAUGACAGCUUAACCUCCCUCUUCUAUGGAGAACAAAGUGAGAAAGAGAAGUCUCCUUCUGAGUCCAGCCCCUCAGACUCUGAGACCAAAGACAUGGGCUUCUGCUCCUGGCUCGCAUCUCUCUACCACAUGAAGGAUGAGGAGAUUCGCAGUAAGUGUGGAAUCGAUGCGGUUACCUACCUGGCCUUCCAGCGCCACAUCAUCCUGCUGAUGGCUGUGGUGUGUCUGCUCUCGCUAACCAUCAUCCUGCCCAUCAACCUCUCCGGCAGCCUCCUGGAUGACAGCCCUCAAAAUUUUGGUCGGACAACCGUGGCUAACCUGCCAGCACAGAACACCUUUCUGUGGUUGCACAGCAUCUUUGCAUUUCUGUACUUCGUGAUUACAGUUCUGUGUAUGGCCCACCACUCAUCACGACUGGAAUACAAAGAAGAUGAGAAGGUUGCCAGAACAUUAAUGAUUACCAAUAUACCUCGAGAGAUUUCAGACCCAGGCCUGAUCACCAAACACCUUCAUGAGGCCUACCCCAGCUGCACUGUCACAGACAUCUGCUUCUGUUUCGACGUACAAAAGUUAAUGAAGCUCGACUCAGACAGGCGGAAAGCAAUGAAGGGGAGAAUGUAUUUCACUACUAAGUCUCAGAAGGAUGGAAGGAUUAUGAUAAAGACCCACCCAUGUGCUCAGAUCCUCUGCUGUGAUGUAUGUGGCUUUGAACAGGUUGAUGCUGAACAGUACUACAGUGAAUUAGAGGAGAAGCUCACCGAUGAGUUUAAUGCAGAGAAGAAUCGCAUCACCAUGAAGAGACUGGGCAUUGCCUUUGUCACCUUCAGAGAUGAGAGGAUGACUGCAGUCAUUGUAAAGGACUACAACAGGACCCGUUGUCGUCGGAGACUGCAGCAGUCCAGCAUCACUACAGUAGUGCGCUCACCCCAGUGGGGCGUUCGUUAUGCUCCAGCUCCCAACGACAUCAUCUGGGAGAAUCUAUCAGUCUGUGGGUCUCGCUGGUGGCUGCGCUGUGUUCUUCUCAACAUCUUCCUCUUCCUUCUGCUCUUCUUCCUCACCACCCCUGCCAUCAUUGUCAACACUAUGGAUAAGUUCAACGUCACUCGUCCAGUAGAAACUUUGCGGAACCCAGUGAUCACCCAGUUCUUCCCCACCCUGCUCUUGUGGGCUUUCUCUGUGCUGCUGCCCUUCAUCGUCUAUUACUCCGCCUUCUUUGAGCAUCACUGGACGAAGUCCAGUGAGAAUCAGACCACCAUGCACAAGUGCUUUCUACUUCUGAUCUUCAUGGUCAUUAUUCUACCUUCUCUUGGUCUAUCCAGUUUGGAUUUUUUCUUCAGGUGGCUCUUCGACACAAACUUCUUGGAUGAUAAAGAUGUGAAAUUCCAAUGUGUGUUCUUGCCUGAUAAUGGAGCAUUUUUUGUGAACUAUGUCAUCACAUCAAGUCUACUUGGCACAGCAAUGGAGUUGCUGAGGAUUCCUGCACUGUUGGUGUAUUCACUGCGCCUCUGCUUUGCCAAGUCCAAGGCUGAGCGCAUCCAUGUUAAACGGAGUCAGGCCUUUGAGUUCCAGUUUGGGUUGGAGUACGCCUGGACCAUGUGCAUCUUUUCCGUCAGUAUGACCUACAGCAUUACCUGCCCCGUCAUUGUACCAUUCGGGUUGUUGUAUCUGAUACUGAAGCACAUGGUGGACCGAUACAACAUCUACUACGCUUAUAUUCCCACCAAGCUCAGCCAGCACAUCCACUCUGCUGCUAUCAGUCAGGUGCUGGUGGCGCCCAUCCUCUGCAUGUUCUGGCUGCUCUUCUUCUCAGUGCUCAGAUUUGGUCCAGGUCAACCCAUUACUCUCUUCACAUUCGUAACUUUACUUUUCUCCAUAACUUUCUCCUUCUUUGGCCUCUGCCUGAAAAAACUAAAGCCUGACAGACUAACAAGCUAUCAGAUGUCUGAUCAAACGACAGAAGGAGCCUACAGUGAUACAGAGAGAAGCACUGCAUCCACUGUGACCACUGCUAAUCUCUUCAUAGCAUCGGUCCUGUUGGAGCCAGAGCUAGGUCUGACCCCCAUGCCCUCUCCUGCCCACCAGAGCUAUGGCGCUAUGGGAAACAGUCAGGGUCCAGACAAUGAUGACGAGGAGGCCACAGAGAAGGACCUGGAAGAGACUCUGGAGACAGUGCUCCAGGAUGCUCCCCCAGACCCCUGUUGCUCCAGCCCACUUAUGGACAGCCCUGUGGACUACCAAUGACGGGCCUACAUCCAGCGCUCGCACCAAAACCAGAAGCCCCAAUGCCUCACCUUAGCUCGAGGCUGACACAGAGGCACUAUGCUGCAUUUCUGUUCUCCUCAAAAACCUCCAUGUAAGAAGUGAAUCUGGCACAGUGGGGGGCUUGUGCAGCCACUCUUGGUGUUUGCUUUCUACUUUGCCUUCUGUCUUCUCCUUUCCUCUUGUGUUUUUCUCGGGCCUGUGUUGAGACUGCCAACGUCUGGCACUGUGGCCGACAGAAGCGUGGAGGACUGGCCUUUCCGCUUUGGAGGAGUGGAGGAGGGGUUCCUCAGCCCCAAUGAUUUUCAAGCUCUUUUUUUGCUUGUUUUUUUCUAAGCUUUCACAGCGCAGCUCCCUAAAAACUUGAGACAGUGGACAUGGACUCGACAGCGCAAAAGCAGGUGAAACUCAGUCAGUGAAACCGGACAUGGAAAGGAAUAUAUUUGGAUCUGUUAAUAGCUAUUAUUAUUUAUCUUGCUGUUCUUAUUAUAACGUAAUGUUGUUGGAGUCUUUUUUUACUUGCUACUUGGAUCUUAUGUAAAAUGUUUUAAUUGAGAGUGUUGUGCUUUAUUAUUAUUAUUAUUAUUAUUAUUAUUACAGAUAUCUAACCAGGUGAUUCCGGGCAUAUGUUUUUGUUUUUUUAAACGCUCUUUUAUUGGAGCAAGUGGGAAUGCAUAAUCAUCUCCAUAUCUCCUUGACCCAAGACUUAAAAAAAUCCACUGACAUGGCAAAUGUCAUGGGACAGGAACUGCUAUCAUGUCUUAAACUACUAUCAUGUUUAGAAGCUAAAGAACGCUUCGCAGAUCUGCAGGAUAUGCAUGUGGAGCCUCCUGCAUUGAAUGUGGAUGUGAUUUCUGACAGCGUCGCUUGUCUGUUUGCACAGACAAUUCUAACCAGAUGUCGCCAGUCACAAUCAUUACCACUCACUUAACUAUCUGUCCACUUUCCACAUAUUCCUGCUACACAAGUGAUAUUUUGAAAAGAGGAAUAUUAAAUAAAUGCAUGACUUGUAAAUGGAAUGUCCACUAUCAGGUCUCACUCAAAAUUCAUGUCAUGUAGCCUUGCCAUGAACACAAUGCCCAGUGAUCAUGAGUAUACAUGCAAACUCUUAUCAACUUAUAUACUGCAUCCAAUCCCAUGACUUUUGCCAUAUUAGUGUAUACCUUUUUUUUUACCUUAUUUGGUGUGCAUAUUAUUGUGAUCCAGAAUCUCCUGUGAAUCGAGUGGCCGUUCUCUCCACAACUUAACUAUUUUGACUCAUAACUAUGUCAUAACCUGCAUCACACGAGUGUCCACCCGCAGCAAGAGGAGAAAAGUGGACAUUAAGAAGCAGAGUUUUAAUUGAAAUGCGCCCAGAAUUGGCUAUGUUAGCCUCAGAGCACCAAUCAGUUAGCCAAACAAACUUUGCAGUGCAAAGGGUUUUUUUUAGAAGUGUGAACAUAAAGCACAUCAAUUAUUUGAAUAGUUGCUUCUUUGGGCUCUAAUCUUUAGGUUUACAACCAUGGUGUUUUUUUGUUGUCGUUAGCCUUGUAGCCUUUAGCUACACAGUUAGCAUUUAGCCUUUAGAUUACUUUGCAUAGCCAAAAAUAAACCCUAAAAAUUAAAUGGCACAGUUUUGAAAUAUUGUGGAAUUUAAAGUAAUUUGCUGCAGUGAGUUAGAAACAGCUUAGUUUACCAUUUUUGUGGGUUUUAAACGGGUGUUGGGUUGCAGUGAUCCUCAGGCAGGUUUUGCCACUGGGGUAAGUACUUGCGUUAACUCGAUUCCUCAACCCUCUGAGGGCUUAUAUUUUAAUUCAGUAAUUAUGAUUACACAUUUAUUAUAAUUUUGAUUACAUAUUUAAUCAUUUAUGAUUACAGCUAGUGAAGCAGUGGAAAUUGUAGGUGAAGGUUGAGGUCUAUCAUGAAGGGAAAUGGUCAGGCCAAGUGGACCAGCACAUGCUAAUAGGGGAAGGUGUCUAAGACCCUGUUUGCAUCUGGUCACUUUAUGCAUGUUGAGUAUCAGGAUUAUAUGUGAACAAGGCCAAGUCUUAUAAAAAUGCAAAAUCAAAUUAAAUCAGAUCCAAUCACUGAAGAUCCCCACUUAAUGAGGUUGUCUUAGACCCAACUGAGACACAUCCAACUCUCCAAGACACAUUCAAAAAAAACCCAGUAAAUAAAUCUGCAAAAAACUUCAAUCAAACCCCAUACAGCAACCAGAUUUAGCCUGUCUAACCUGAAACCCAUUUAUCUACCAAAUGUAAAUGAAUGUGGUUAAACACAUGAAGUGACAAAGGUGUAAACUGGGUCCCAAAAAGUUUUAAAAGUGAGGAAAUUCAAGAAAAAAACAUGUGUUGUUAGAUAAUAGCAUUGUAGUACUUGCAUCAUCCCAGCAUUUGUGAAACUGAUGCUCUGGCUCUUCAACACUGACUGCAUGUUGUUUACAAGACUACCUUUCCUUAUACUGGCCCUACUUCAGUCCACAGCGCUCUCUGACUCUCUGAGUGCUGUGCCAGCUUCUGUAACUCUCUAAUGCUCUUUGUAAGUUUUGUAUUUGGUCUUUGCUGCUAGUUGUUUUAGGAAUUGGAAGGGAAGGGGUGGGAGGGUUUUGAAUGUAAAUGAUUUGUGGUUUGUAUUGUGCUCUCUUGCUGUGCCUUGAAGAAAGAUUUGACAAAAAAUACAAA